AUGGCAAAGCAUCAUCCGGAUUUGAUUUUCUGCCGCAAACAACCCGGUGUGGCGAUCGGAAGGCUUUGCGAGAAGUGUGAGUGAAGAUUUAUUUUAAAAAUGUUCUUUAAAAACCAAUUUUAGGCGACGGACGAUGCGUGAUUUGCGAUUCGCACGUGAGACCGUGCACGCUGGUGCGCAUUUGUGACGAGUGCAACUACGGAUCCUACCAGGUAACGAGGAAUUCAAAAGUUGCAUUUUUCACGGAACAAUACGCAAUUUUCUCUGGUAAUUCGAUCCCUAUCUGAUCAGCGUCGGAUAUAAAAAGAGAGUGUCGUAACGCCCUUGGUUUAAUAAACUUUUUUAAUCAACAAAGCGCGUUACCUGACUUCUUUUCUACAUCCGAGUCGGAUCAGGAAAGGUCUCGACACGAGUUUGAACAAUAUAAUAGUUCUUCAGUACCCACCGGCCCGCCGCGAAAACAAACAAUUUUCCGCGUGCUUUCGUCUUUCGGCCAAUCGAUAUUUAAUCUACUUUGGUUUCCGAGUGAAAAUUCGCGAAUUUUCGUUGUUUUCCGCCAUUUCCUGCCGAUUUUCUAGGAGUUCAACCAGUGCUGGGCAAUUGGCGGACAUUUGAACCACUUUCAGUGAUCCGAUUGGGUCCAAACUUUACAGGCUUCUCGGAUCUAGAUUGAAGUAUACUCGGGUCAAGUUUCAGCCUGAUAGGACUAUUUACUGUCGAGAUGCAGAGCUUGAGGGCCGAUAACCCCGAACUUUAGGAUAAUCUCGGCCAAUGAUCCACAUAUCUCGGGACCGGAUGACCCGAUUGGGCUGAAACUUGGUUCCAAUAUGCUUUGAUACAUGUACAAGAAGCCUGCAAAGUUUGAGUUCAAUCGGAUCAUUGCAAGUGGUUGAAAAGUCCAGGACAAGGGCGGGCCAAUUGACCAGCCCUGAUUUCAAUCAUUUUUUGCACUUGACCAGUGGAAAUGAUCAAUUUUGAGCGAAAAUUUUAAGCUUUACUCAAAAUCUCGAGCGUUUUCGUUGAUAUUUUCCGAACAUUCACUUUGCAGGGUCGUUGCGUGAUCUGCGGAGGCGCCGGGGUGAGCGACGCCUACUACUGCAAAGAGUGCACAAUUCUGGAGAAGGACCGCGACGGCUGUCCGAAGAUUGUGAAUCUGGGCAGCGCGAAGACGGAUCUCUUCUACGAACGGAAAAAAUUCGGUCCCAAAAAGACAUAG